CCCUGUCCACUGUCCGCCAUUGCCCCCAUCCCCCAUCCAUCCAUCGCCAUCCCCCCUGCUGAUCUUUCAUCCCACUACCCGUACAUCCUCCUACGUCAUCUUACCUCCCCCUUCACCCCACGCGCUGCGGUGCAGGGCAAACCCCCCACAUUGUGGCAGUCGGCUCGCGCUCCCGCGCGGUACUGUACCUGGGUGCUACUAAUUGAUCGUGGCUGUGCGGGUUUAGGGUGCUCGAUGUUCGCCAGACGCGAGAGGCGACGGCCACGUGUGCGAGGGUUCCCACAGCGGCGACUUGAUCUCGGGGCGCCGGGGAGUGCGUCGCGAGCGUAACAGCGUCCUUCAGUAGCAGUCCUACAAACUCAGAUCGAUAACCAGAUCGGGAGAAUCGCGUACGAGGCAGCAGUUCGCUGAUCGUGUUGUCGACGGGCUCCAGUGAAACAUCCGCGCGCGCUCCAGUGUCCCUUCGCGUGAGCGAAAUGACCGCCGCCUAAACAGCUGACCAGGACAGGACGGGGGAUUUAGUUGUGAGCCGUCUCAACAGCUGAACAGGACAGGACGGGGGACUUCUUUCCCUCCUAGAUGUAGUACCGCUCUCCUCUCCCAUCCUGCUGACGUCAUCAAGCGAUCCCAGCAACCAUUCCCGGCGCAUACUACCUCCGCUGCUUCUACCAGGUGGGAAGCACCAUGUUGCCUCCUCCUCGUCGCUUCCUCCGCGUCGAAUAGUCAGGUUACCGUACCGAACCGAACGGAACAAGGCCACUCGCCGCGUUAGUUCUCCUCGGAACGCCUUCGGAACGUUGCGACUUUCCCGCUGCUCUCUCCGAGCGUUCCCUCAACGCCCGCCAUAAUCCCAGCUCGUGCCAUUCCCAACUCCAUUCUCCCCUCCCACAUUUCCAACCCUAACUGCACGUUCUGACCGCCGCCUAUCCCCACAACCCGAGUCCAACAUUCCCCGCCCCCGCACGACUACCACCCGCCCUCGUCCUCCUUCCUCCCUCCUCCUCCAGUCACUCCCGCUUGCUCACCUCCCGCGCGCCAUGGCCGCCGCGUCGUCCUCCGUGUCGCGCUCCUGGGACUCCAUCCUCGGCGCCGACACCCCCGACUCCCCGCGCGCCGCCUCCCCCUCCGCCUCCCCCUCCCCGUCCCCCUCCGCUGCUGCCGCGGAAGCCGCGGCGCUACUUGACCGCCUCUGCCCGUGGACGAGCGUGGAGUUCGGAUACCCGGGGUCUCUUAACUACCGCUCCUUGCUCCUCGAUUUUCACGGGCAGCUCGUGUCGCCGUGGCACCACGUGCCGCUGCACGCCAAGAACGGCGCGCUGCACUUCGUGUGCAAGACGCCGCAGGACUGCUGGGUCAAGUACGAGGCGGCUCCCGACGAGGACUACUCGCCCAUCCGCGUCCAGCGCGCUCCGUCCGCGUCCGCCGCAUCUCCCGCCGCCGCCGCCGCCGCUGAUUCCUCGUCGUCCGCGCCCGCGCCGGCGGAGCCUCAGCAGGGGCCGCCGCUGGGGUCGUCGGCGCGAGAGGAGCAGGGGGGUCUGCAGCGGCCGGAGGGUACUAAGGGACGCGGCGCGGUGGAUUGGGCGCGGCUCCUGCCGCAGCACUAUGCGGAGAACUCGAUAUUCAACGUCGGUUUCCUCCCGCAGACGUACGCGGAUCCGGAGCAGCCUGUGGGGGCGGACGUGACGGGCGGUAUUUGCGCGGGGGGAGGCGGAGACAGCACCACCGGCGGCGGCGGCGGCGGAGGCAGCGUGUGGGAGGGUCUGGUGAACGACGGGCGGCCGAUAGAGGCGAUAGAGAUCGGCGGAAAGCGCAUGCGCACGGGGGAGGUGUGCUCCGUGCGCCCGCUCGCGGUGUUUGCGGUGGCGGGGCCGCCGCGCUGCGCGGAGGGGGAGGCUGGUGGGGGAGGAACCAGGGUCGGGGGAGGGGAUGGGGAAGGGGAACGGGAGGGGGGCGGGGGAGCGGAAGAAUGCGCGGACGGGCGGCGGACGCUGUCGUGGAUAGUGGUGGUGGUUUCCACGGAGGACGCCUUAGCGGGUGUGAUACAAGAGGGCGCCGCGGGAAUCCCCCCCGUGCUGCUGCCAAUGUUGGAGCAGCUCUUGGAAUGGGUGCGAUUCGCGCCGUGCGUGCACCCAGACGACGACGAGGCGGAGUUUCCGCUGGGCGAGGAGCCAGGCGGAAUGGAGGCGGCGAUGGUGGUGGUGGCGCAGGCGCACUGCGCGUGGCAGCUUCUGGCGGACGACUGCCCGCCGCCGCCCCCCUGGGUGCCCGCGGACCGCCUCCUCUCUGCCUCCACGCUGCACCAGAUCUGGCAGUCGCGCGGAUACCUGCCCCCCGCUCCGCCGCGCCCAGGCUUUUCCGCCUCCGCCUCCGCCGCCACCGCCUCCUUCGCCUUUUCUUCCGCCUCCGCCAGCGGUUCUCCCCAGCUACUGUUCCCCACAUCAUCCUCUGCGCCUCUGCCCCCCGCCCCGCCGUCCUUCCCGUCCUCCGCCUCCUCCGCGUCCUCCCCUUCCGCUUCCGCCUGCGCAUCCCGCCCCGCGCCACUUCCCCCCAACCUCUCCAUGCCCGCACUGCCCCUCGCCCACUCCCCCUCCUGCUCCUCCCCCUCCGCCUCCCCCCUCCACGCCUCCAACCCUUCCCCUGACUCCGCCUACCCGCUUCCCCCAGUCUCCCCCUCCUUCCCCUCCCUGCCGCCGUUCUCGGCGUCGUCUCCCUCCGCAUCCCCUCCGUCCGCGCUCCCCCCGUUCGGCGCAAUCCCGCUGUCGGACCAGCGCGUGGGGUCGUCGCGGCGCAACGAGACGUGGGCGCGCGCGUCCAUAGACUCGCUCGCGUUCUCCUCGCUCUCUCUCUCCAUUGACUCCUCGUUUCUCUCCAGCGGCUUUGGCAGCGGCGGCGCGGGCAGCAGCAGCGCGGGGCACAGCAGCAACGGCAGCAUUGGCGGAAGCAGCAGCUGCGACGGGGACGUGGGGGGCGGCGGAAGCGGAGGGGGCGGGGGCGCGCGGAGUAGAGCAGAGGAGGCGCUGGGCAAGGGCAUGUUUCGGGGAGGACUGGGAGCGGGGGGAGGGGUAGGUGGAAGGAGUGGCGGGGGCAGCGCGCCCCGUGGGCUUCCGCGCCCCGCUAGUUCAGACAACCUGAAGCGCUUCUCCAGUGCGCCCGCUGAGCGGGAGCGCGGCGAGGGGAAGCCGCGGGACUGGCGCAGGGCGCAUACGGUAGGCGCGGGGAAGAGAACAGGGGGAAAAGGCCUGGGGCAGGGGGAGGGAAAGAAGCAGCAGAGCGGAGCAGCAGCAGCAGCAGCACGGGCAGCAGCAGCCGCAGCAGGAGGCGCAGGAGCAGGAGGAGCAGGGGGAGCAGGAGGAUCAAGGGAAGAGAGCCGUUUUGGUGCGGAAGGGGAAUUGGAAGAGGGCGGAUCCGGGGAGUUUCAGUUCGAUGUGGUCCAAAUCCCCGGGUGCGGCUUUAAUCUGCUCCGCCAGGCCGCAGGGGGCCUGGGGGCGGAGCUCGGCGCGCCUAUGGAAGGGGGCGGAGCCAUUGGGGGGAGUUUCAGGGGAAGCGGGAGGUUUGAGAGAAGGGCGCACAAGGGAGGCGGCGGGGGCAGCAGCAGCAGCAGCAGCGGAAGCAGCUUCAGCAAGGGGGGGGUAGGCAGCAGCAGUGCGAGGAGCAGCAGCAGCGGCAGGCAUGGUGGGAGCGGGGGCGGGGGGGGAGGGAUGGGGGGGAGCAGCAGUGGGCGGAAAGCGUACUGGGGAGGCGAUUUGCUAAAGGGGAGCAUUCCUGUGAGGGCGGGGUUCGGUAGUGCGAGGAGGGCGGCGGUAGAUACUGGCACAGGAGAGAUUGGGGGAGGAGAGGGAGUGGGAAGAGAAGGCAGUGCUGCAUCGGUGCAUCUCCUGUCCUCAUCCCGCCAGGGUGGUCCUUUUAGCAGUCCUGAAAGGUCUGGCUUUCCUACAGCAGGCGCUGCAAACUGGGCGAUCAGAAGCGCUGAGUUCCCUCUUGAAUUGCCCUCUAACAAUUCCACUACUGCGGCUGCCGCUUCUGAUGCUGCUGCUGCUCCUGUGGGCGGGUCUGGAGUUGCGGUUGCAGCGGCGGCAGCAGCGGGUACAGGAGCAGCAGCGGCAGCAGCCACGGCCCGAUCGGGCUCUGCUCCUCCCUCCCGCCUCGAGUCCUUCUUUAGCCUCCGUGGCCCCUCGUUGCAGGCACACGCACAACAUCAGCAGAACGCCCUGCUGCUGCCACGUGGCGCGCCCUCGUUGGAGAGGCUGUUUGGCCACCGCAAAGGCAAGGGCAGCAGCAGCAGCAGUGGCAGUGGCAGCGGCAGUGCUGGUGGUGGUGAUCGCAGUGAUGGGAGGGGAGGAGGGGGACCAGAGGGUUAUGCAGAGGAAGACGGAGCGUUGAGAGGAGGGUGGAUGGGCAGGUCGGAGAGAGAGGAGAGAGGGGAGAGAGAAGAGUCCACGGAGGAAGAAGCGGGGAUGUUCAACCGGCAGUUGAGCCUGGACCAGGUGUACCUGAGGCGGAAGAAGAGGGCGGAGAGGAGGCAGAGGGGCGGCAGUAACAGUACCUCUGAUGCGCCGCCUCUCUCCCCUCGUGCGAUCUCGGGUCUGGGCUGGGUCCUUGGAGGAGGGAAGAGCAGCAGCAGCAGUUACAGCAGUUACAGCAGUUACAGUACCGGCGGUGGCACUGGCGGUGGUGGGGGGAAGGUGAGAGGUGACGAUAGCACAGUAGGCUUGCAGGUCGGAAGCAAAGAGGAUCCCACACUGCUUUCUUCUCGCCUGUCCCCAGCACUUCUCUCCUCUCCUCCUUCUGCGGGUACCGACCGGCCCUGGGGCAGUGUAGAGGGGUCAGCAGCAUAUGGAGCGUCACCUGCCAUAAGUGGUCUAUCAUGUGCCCCUCUCAGCAGCGGCACCGGCAGCAGCGUCGGCGGAAGUGGUGGUGGCAGCAGCAUGGGCAUGCAGGGGCGAUGGUGUGACAUCAUGGAGGAGUAUGGGGGGCGAUCCACGGCAGGCACGGCCGGUACUACUAGUAGGAACGCUGCAAUGGGCGCUCCUGCAGAGCCGGCCCUCCCGCCUCUGCCCCCCAGAGCGCCGUCCCUCACCAGGCAAGGGCUGGGGGGACGGUCAGGGGAGAGGGGAGGGGAGCGGGCGGACCGGGGGGGGCAGGGCGAGGGGGAGGGAGAGGAGCUGGUGGAAGAGGGACAGAAGCAAGGCGCAGCAGCACCAGCUACAGGUCCGGGCUUAAGUGGCAACACCGUGGGCAGCAGCGGCAGCAGCAGCACUGACAGGGCUGCGAGCAGCUGUUUUUCUGGUUUGGAAGAGGAAGGCUGCCAGGCAGACGAGAGCGUUGCUGCUGCUGCUGCUGCUGCUUCCGCCAGUGCAGCCACUUCAGUAGCAUCAGAGGCAGAGCUACAAGGGGCAGAAUCAGCACCAGUGGCUGGGCUUGUGAAGAGUCCGAGCAGGGGGGGCAGGCGGCAGGUGUCAUUCCACUCAGUGGUGAAGGUGAUUGAGUUUGUGCAAGUGGGAGAAGGCAACGACGGCAGCAGCAGUGGCAGUGAGUGAGCCAAGGUCCAGGGAUGGGCUCGCAUGGGCUUGCAAUGGAGAGGAGGCCCUCUGUGUGGGUAGGGAUGGGUGGGGUGGAGGGAAUGGGAGGAGGAAAGGGAAGGCAGCGUUUAUGAGGUGUUUGGAGCUGUGCUGGAGGUGCCGGGGUGGAGUGGGGGAUGGGUGUGCGGUUUCAGUUCGGGGGAUGGGAUGGGAUAGGUGUGUAUCAGGUGCCCUUCUUAGUUCCUGCAUGCUUUGGUUGGAUAUUGAAGGAUUCUAUUCUAGAGUGGAUAUUUGCAAAAUAGACACCACUUGGAUUU